AUGGACAAGGGUUCGAAGAGCCUAACUUCCCUGAUACACGGCGCUGACUAUCUCCCUGCUCACAUUGAGCUUGUCCUGAAUGGGUCUUCAUGUCGUGUUCUCGGAUGCUGCACCGCUUCCGCAACGAGCAUUAUGGUCGCUUGCAAGUGCGCUUCUUGUGCGACGCGACCGAUAACGGAUUUGUUUCAAAGCGGAGGUCGCGUUAUGACGCUGCACGAGUGGUGUCUGCACACGUCCUUGGGCGGCGCAUCGUUCGAACGCCUCUCAGUGCGACAACCGACCGCAAAUUUCUUGGUAGGUAGCAACACUGCCUUCGGUUUCCUCUUUCCGUUUCGACACGCAUUCCUUUCCAUAAAGAUUCGCUACGCGCAGAGCUCUUGUACAGGAUACAUGCUGCUCGUCCUGUGCUGGUGCAAUCGAUGUCAGCCGCGAAAACCUAAUAAGUUCAUAGUCAAACAUGUAGUGCUUAAUGAGAUCUUCUACCGCGUUGACGUUCCGCUGCCCGCAUGGCUCCGUGCGGCUGCCUUGCAUAUGGGGGCGACGGUAGUCGGAUUCGAACCUCGCACCGGGUUGUUUACACUUAAAUACCAUUCCGAUCCCAAGAAACAAACGUCCCAGCUGUACCUGGCGCUGGCGUUACUUCACUUCGCGCGCAUGUCGCCCCCGCCCGGCACCCCCCCGCGCAACGUGGCGGAGGGCUGCAUGCCGCUGCCGCCAAUACUACUGCCGUCGCCCGACGACGUUGCUGGCGGCGACAGUAGCGCCAGCGGACUUAGCUUCCCGCCUGCGGCAGCGGCGGCGAUCCCAACGCACCCCGUCCUGCUGCAGGAGCUGCAUCUGCUGCGGCAGCAGCAGCUGCUGCAACAGCAAUUGCAAAAACAGCAACUACAGCUACAGGAGCUGCAGCAGCGGCUGCAGCAGGCACCGCACGCGAAUAUGCUCACAUCGCUACAGCAAGACAUGCAACAGCAGCGGUUAGAGCCACAGCCACAACAGCUUCGACAGCAGCUACAGCUGCGGCAGCAGCUACAGCAGCAAUACUUGAAACAGCAGCAGCAGCAGCAGCAGCAGCAGCCGCCACAGGAGGUCAGCGGGGGGCCAACGCUGACCCACGACUUGGCCAGGAAGCGCAAGCCAGCCGGCGGCGGUGUCGGGGGAUACGACGGUGGCGAGGACGGUGGCGCCAGCUCCCCAGUGCACCCCUUCAGUCGAGUAUCGUCACCCAUCAGCGGCGUCUUCGGAAGCGGUGCUGCGUCACCCGUCGGUUUGCCUUCUGCCGCCGCUGUGGCGGCGCCCUCGGACGCGGCCCCCGCCAUUGGCGGCGGCAACGGCAACGUCUGCAACCACCUGGGUGCCAUUGGCUGCGCCAUUAACCCAACCACGGCGCCGGCCUCCCGCCAGCUGCUGUCCGCUUUCCCACAUCGUCAUCACCAUCUCCAGCACGAGGCGAUUCCCGAGGCGCCUGCUGCCUACGGCGGCAGUGGCGGCGGCAGCAGCAGCAGUAGUACUAGCACUGGCAGCAGCGGCAGUGGCAGCGGCAGCGGCGGAAUGCAGCGCGGCUUUGUGCCGGCCGUGUCACGCUUCGGCAGCGCUGCAGACCUCCCUGGAUCCGCCUCGCCGUGGCCUCCGCUCAGUCUUCAGCCGCCCGACGCAAAACCUACUGCUUCCGAGUCUGCGGCGGCGGCGGCAGGGCCAGCGCCGGCGGCGGCCGCAGCGUCCCACAAGGGCAAAGCGCCUGCGCCGGCGCCGGCGCCUGUGCAACAGCAGCAGCAGCAGCCGCCACCGCAACGGGCCCAGUCCACGUCGGUGCUUUCGGGACAUGCUGCAGCCGUCGAUACUUCGUGGACUUUGGGAGGUGUUGGCGAUGUGAAUGGGGGAGGUUGGCACGGCGCCGGCGGCGGUCCCUCCAUCCUCGAUGCCGACUUUGAGGCCAUGUUCCAAGCGCUUGAGGCCGCUGCUUGGUCGAGUCCAACUUUGAGCGCAUGCGGCGGCGGAGGUGCCUCCACCGCAGCCGCAACCGCAACCGCAGCCGGCGGCGCCGCCAUAGGCUCCGUGCAACCCCUGACUACAACGCUAUUCGCAUCAUCGUCGUCGGACGCUGGCGGCCCGUUGCCGCAUGCCGUACAAAUGCCCCUUCAGUCUCAGUCUCAACGCCAGCAGCCCGGCAGCAUGAAGAGCCUUCUCGAACAGCAGCAGCAGCCCCCACAGCCCCAGGCGACGCAGCAGCAGCAGCAGCAGCAGCCGUUCUUGCCCGCUGUGGCAGGUAGCUGGUGGUACGGCAACCAAGCGCUACCGCUGCCGCCUUUGCCUCCGGGAGUGGCCUCCAGUCCAUCCAAGCGUGCUCGCCUCGACGGCGCCGUCGGCUCCAGCGUCGCCAGCCUGUUCCCUGGCGGCGGCAAUAGCUUCAUGUCCGCCACUAACAACAGUUUGUUUACUCAACGUGGGGGCGGUAGCGCUGUAAGCACCGGCAGCGGCAGCAGCGGCAUUGCCUCCAGGGAAUGGGACACAACGGCACUGUUGGCGGAGGUUUCCUGGAUAUUGGAGUCUCCGACACCGGCGGCGCCGCUACCGCAGCCGCCACUGCCGGUUGCGGCGCUUCCGCCGCCGGCGACAGCAGGCGCCGCCCAUAUGACGACGUGA